AUGGCUGUUCAAUUGGAGCAUCCACCAUCAAGCUCAAUGCAUAUAUCUGGUGAAACAUCAUUUCAAGAAAUUCAUCUUCAUUACGAAUGGAAAAUUUUAAAUUUUCGUGAAAUGUUUAAUACCAGUCGUACUGGUUGUAUUCUUGAAUCAUCACGUUUUUCAUUUCGUGAUGAUCAACAGGACCAAUGGUAUCUUGAAUUAUAUCCUCGUGGUGAUAUGCAUAAACCGACAUUUAUGUUGAUGGCUAUCAAAUUAACUCAAAAAUCAUACGAUGAAAUGCCAAUGGAUUUUUUAUCUGGUAUUAUUUCCAUGAAUGUAUUUAUUGGUAGAAGAAGACCAAUUCAUCUUGAUGAUAUUUGCAUUGAAGAAUGUUAUCCUGACAAUAAUAAUUACAUUAGAAUCAUGACUCUGUAUGAUUUAUGUGAAGCACCACAUGAGAUAUUUCCACAAAAUAUACUCAUUAUUAAUUGCAAUAUUGUCAUCAAGGCAAUAAUACAUCAACAAACACUUAUGAUACAUCCUUUAACAUCACAACAUUAUGCUGCAAGUAAUAAUAACCAUGCACUAAAAUGUGAAAGAAAAUUUACUGAUGUUGUAUUUAAUGUUGAUGGUAUUAUUAUUCAUGCACAUAAAUUUAUUCUUGGUUCACGUUCAUCAAUAUUUCAACAAAUUUUUGAAAAUCAAUUGAUUGAAAAUAGUCGUGAAUAUGUCAUUCAAAUAACUGAUAUUAAAGUCAAUGUAUUUAAUCAGUUAUUGGAAUAUAUUUAUACAAAUAAUGCACCUCGUAUCAAUGAUAAUCUUGAUGAUUUAAUUAUUGCUGCUGAUAAAUAUCAAAAUUUGAGUGAUAUUGAUGUAAUUAAUGUUGGUACAUAG